CUCAUCGUAAUUCAUUAGUGAUCAUUCGCACAUUGGAUUGUAGUGACGUCCGUCAAAAUUCUAGAAAAGAUGAAGAUUUUAAUAUUUCUAAUGAUGGCGGCCAUGACAUCGGCUGAUAAGCGAUGUCACGGCAUUGAUAUUGCUAAUAGAUAUUACAAUUUAUACAUUAUCAAGGACGGAAUAAACAACAUACAUGAUUUGGUUUUAAAUCGCAACGACAAUACUGUUUAUUUUACAUUCGAUGACGUAUCAAAAACACCAACAAGACUAUUGGCUCAUAUAAACACGGAAACAGGCAUAGCGACUGUCAUUGAAGGUGUACGUAACGCAACAGCCAUUGCAAUUGAUCAUUUCAAUAAUAAAAUAUACGUCGGCGGAUCAGACGGUCUCUACAAGAUAAACGAAAUGAAAGUAGCUGAAAAACUGCCCAUACAAGAAGACAUUAAAUCAAUGCAUUUCAAAGAUUAUUUAUACUUUAUCAACCGUAAAAGAGAAGCCUACAGAUUUGAAGAUGGCUUCGCUACGCUUGUACCUGAGCUACGUGGCGUUGAAGUCGAUAGCUUAGUUUUAGAUGAUGAUAAUAAUAUAUUCUUCACUCAAAACAGUAAAUUAUUUAGAAUAAAACUAAACACACGAGCUAUAAACACACAUGAAAGUUAUUUAGCGAAUGCAAUCGCAACUGAUUCGUAUUCAAAAGUGUAUAUUUGUACGAGAAAUGGUUUAUACGUUUACAAUAAAUAUAAAUAUGUUUUUGAUAAAAUUGCUAGUUUAAAUAAUCUUAAGGCGAUUACAUUUAAUAAAAAGGGUGAACCCGUAUAUGCUGCAGCUGAUUAUAUUGUUAAGCUCAGCUUAAGUGAAAUUGGUUGUUUUGAGGAUUAACUAAGUAAGAAUUGUACUUAAGAAAGAACAUAAUUAAAUGUUAAAUUAUGUUAAGAAAUAAUUAUUAUCAAAAUAAUCUUUUGAUAAUUUAUUCUUAAUCUGGAUAAGAUAAUUUAUAGAUAACAAUAAAUAUAAGAAUUUUCUAAUAAAUGUUAAGAAAUACCAAAUCUUUUUUUAAUGGCUUUAAGGUGUGUUAAAUGAGUACAGAUUAUAUUUUUUUCAAUGUCACGUGCCAAUUUCAAAUCAUUCCAAGACUAUUCUAUAAUUUAAUUUAACAUUGAAUAUGUCAAUUAUUUUUUUAAUUUUUUUUUUCAUUGCUUAAUUGUAUUUAAUAGCGGCGUUUUAUUUUGUGCAUAGGCAACUUAAUUUAGUGUAAGGAGUUUUACAAAUAAAUCAAUAAUACACAA